AUGCCGCGCGCGCCCCGGUGCCGCGCCGUGCGCGCCCUGCUGCGGGGCCACUACCGAGAGGUGUUGUCCUUGGUCUCCUUCCUGCGGCGCCUGGGGCCCCAGGGCCGGCGGCUCGUGCGGCGUGGGGACCCAACGGCCUUCCGCGCGCUGGUGGCCCAGUGCCUGGUGUGCGUGCCCUGGGACGCGCGGCCGCCCCCCGUCGCCCCGUCCUUCCGCCAGGUGUCCUGCCUGAAGGAGCUGGUGGCCAGGGUGGUGCAGAGGCUCUGCGAGCGCGGCGCCAGGAACGUGCUGGCUUUCGGCUUCGCCCUGCUAGACGGAGCCCGCGGCGGGCCGCCCGUGGCCUUCACGACCAGCGUGCGCAGCUACCAGCCCAAUACGGUAACGGAGACUCUGCGUGGCAGCGGCGCAUGGGGGCUGCUGCUGCGCCGCGUGGGCGACGAUGUGCUCACCCACCUGCUCACGCGCUGCGCGCUCUACCUGCUGGUGGCCCCGAGCUGCGCCUACCAGGUGUGUGGGCCUCCGCUCUACGACCUCUGCGUCCCCGCCGUGGCUCGGCCCCUCGCGUCCCGCGGCCACAGUCCUGGGACCCGGAUGGACCUCAGACCCACGCGCCAGGCCUGGAAUUCUGGCGCAAGGCGGCGUCGGGGCAGAUCCGGGAACAGUCCGCCUCCGGCCAAGAGGCCCAGGCGCCGCGUGACCCCAGAGCCCGAGCGGGGGACCAACAGGCCUUCUGCCCAGGCCCACCUGGGCGGGGCCCACGGGCCGAGUGACAGCAAACCUGGCGCAGUGACACCUGUCAGGGCCGCUGCGGAAGCUGCCUCGUGGGAGGGAGGGCCCCCUGGGACUCGUCUCUCCUCCCCGGCCGCACAGCCAUCUCAGGGGCCCCAGGGAGCACCCCAUCACCCAGCGCACCCCGAGACCAAGCAUUUCCUCUACUGCUCGGGAGGCAGGGAGCGGCUGCGCCCCUCCUUCCUGCUCAGCGCCCUGCCGCCUAGCCUGACCGGGGCCCGGAAACUCGUGGAGACCAUCUUUCUGGGCUCCGAGCCCCGGCGGCCAGGGGCUGCCCGCAUGACGCGCCGCCUGCCCGCGCGCUACUGGCGGAUGAGGCCCCUGUUCCGGGAGCUGCUUGGGAACCACGCGCGGUGCCCGCAUGGUGCGCUUCUCAGGACCCACUGCCCCCUUCGGGCUGCGGCCCCCGGGGAGGCGCCUAGCGACCAGGCGUGCGGAGGAGUGGGCGUGUGCCCUUCGGAGAGGCCCGCGGCAGCCCCCGAGGAGAAGGCGGACCCACGGCGCCUGGUGCAGCUCCUUGGACGGCACAGUAGCCCCUGGCAGGUGUAUGCUUUCCUGCGGGCCUGCCUGUGCUGGCUGGUGCCCGCUGCGCUCUGGGGCUCCAGGCACAACCAGCGCCGCUUCUUGAGGAACGUGAAGAAGUUCAUCUCUCUGGGAAAGCACGCCAAACUCUCGCUGCAGGAGCUGACGUGGAAGAUGCGAGUGCAGGACUGCACCUGGCUGCGCGGGAGCCCAGGGGCUCGCUGUGUCCCGGCCGCGGAGCACCGUCGGAGAGAGGAGAUCCUGGCCAGGUUCCUGUGCUGGUUGAUGGGCACGUACGUGGUUGAGCUGCUCAGGUCGUUUUUUUACGUCACGGAAACCACGUUUCAGAAGAACCGGCUCUUCUUCUAUCGGAAGAGCGUCUGGAGCCAGUUACAGAGCAUAGGAAUCAGACAACACUUCACGCGUGUGCAUCUCCGAGAACUGUCAGCAGCAGACGUCCGAAGACACCAGGAAGCCAGAGCGGCUCUCCUGACGUCCAGACUCCGCUUCCUCCCCAAGCCCAGUGGGCUACGGCCAAUUGUGAACAUGGACUACGUGCUGGGAGCCAGAACGUUCCGCAGAGACAAGAAGGUCAGUGCUGUUGUUUCAUUUCUAAGUCAAGUGCAUGGAACCCCCAGCUGGGAUCUCGCCCCUGUGGUUAGCACCGCCCCCCGCAGGACCUCACCCCUGUGA